AUGAAGAUAAUUAAUUCGGUCGUUGUGGUCGGACUCUAUUAUGGAUUUCUGACCACAUUCUCCAUAGGGCCCUCUUAUCUCUUCCUUCUCCGAGCUCGGGUUAUGGAAGAAGGAACCGAGAAGAAAGUAUCAGCAACAACUGGUUUUAUUACGGGACAGCUCAUGAUGUUCAUAUCGAUCUAUUAUGCGCCUUUGCAUCUAGCAUUGGGUAGACCUCAUACAAUAACUGUCAUAGCUCUACCCUAUCUUUUAUUUCAUUUCUUCUGCAAUAAUCACAAACACUUUUUGAAUUAUGCAUCCACUAAUCAAAAUUCAAUGCGUAAUUUUAGCAUUCAAAAGUUUUGUUGGUUGGUUAAUUGGUCACAUUUUAUUCCUAAUGUACUUAUUCGAUCUAAUAAGUACAUUAUGUCAGAAUUGAGAAAUUAUAUGUCUCGAAUCUUUAUUAUUUUGUUAUUUAUUACCUGUAUAUACUAUUUAGACAGAACACCGUCCCCUCUUUUUCUUAAUAAGAAAUUAUCAGGAACUUCCAAAACGAAGGUAACUAAACAAGAACAAAAUAAAUCCACCGAAAAAUAUCUCUCUCCUUCGCUUUUUUCGGAACAAGGGGAGAAUUCAUACAAAAUCGAUGAAAGAGAGGAGAAACAUAUCUUCCGAUUGGAAAAACCUCUUCUAAAGAUACCAAGGAUACUGAUAAUUCUGAUGAAUUAG